AUGGCAACGGUGCCAGUCAGCGAAGUGAAGAGCGCACACGAUCGCUCUGCGCGUACCGCGGCGCAUUCACAUAUCAAGGGCCUCGGGCUGUCGGGUGAUGGACGCGCGAUCCCCUCUGCCCAUGGCUUUGUUGGCCAAGCUGCCGCUCGAGAGGCAUGCGGUCUGGUUGUCGAUCUUGUAAAGGCGAAGAAGAUGUCGGGGCGAGCCGUGCUGCUUGCUGGUGGACCAGGCACGGGAAAGACUGCGCUCGCGUUGGCCGUCAGCCAGGAGCUGGGGACCAAGGUGCCGUUUUGCCCGAUUGUAGGAAGUGAAAUCUACAGCGCCGAGGUCAAGAAGACGGAGGCGCUCAUGGAGAACUUCAGGAGAGCCAUUGGCCUCCGCGUCAAGGAAACCAAAGAAGUCUACGAAGGCGAAGUAACCGAGCUCACGCCCGAAGAAGCGGAGAACCCCCUCGGCGGCUAUGGUCGCACCAUCUCCCACCUCCUCAUCAACCUCAAGUCCGCAAAGGGCACCAAGAAAUUGCGCCUCGACCCCUCCAUAUACGAAGCGAUACAGAAAGAGCGCGUCCGUCUCGGCGACGUCAUCUACAUCGAAGCCAACACGGGCGCCGUCAAGCGCGUCGGCCGCUCGGAUGCCUAUGCCACCGAAUUCGAUCUCGAGGCGGAAGAGUACGUGCCCAUACCAAAGGGCGAUGUGCACAAGAAGAAGGAGAUUGUACAGGAUGUCACGCUGCAUGACCUCGAUGUGGCCAAUGCAAGACCACAGGGUGGACAGGAUAUCAUGAGUAUGAUGGGUCAAUUGAUGAAGCCCAAGAAGACGGAGAUUACGGAGAAGUUGAGGCUGGAAAUCAACAAAGUGGUCAACCGCUAUAUUGAUCAGGGUGUUGCCGACUUGGUACCCGGUGUGCUAUUCAUCGACGAGGUCCACAUGCUCGACCUCGAAUCCUUCACCUUCCUCAACCGCGCCCUCGAAUCCCCCCUCUCCCCACUCGUCAUCCUCGCCUCCAACCGCGGCUCAACCCACAUCCGCGGCGGCGCCUCGCUGCCCCCCUCCGCCCACGGCAUCCCCUCGGACCUCCUCGCCCGCCUCCUCAUCAUCCCCACGCACCCCUACACCGGCCCCGAAAUCAAGCAAAUCAUCAGCACCCGCGUCACGACGGAGAAGCUGGCGAUUUCGGCGCCUGCAAAGGACAAGGUGAGCGCGCUGGGCGAGAAGGUCAGCCUAAGGUAUGCAUUGCAGUUGCUGGCGCCGGCGAGCGUGCUGGCCAAGGUGAAUGGCAGGGAGGGUGGCGAGAUUGGGGAGAAGGAGGUUGAGGAGUGUGAGGAGCUGUUUUUGGAUGCGGGGAGGAGUGCUAGGCAUUUGGGGGUUGCCGAGGGCUAUAUUGCUUAG